ACUUACUAGACUCGAGAACGGAUGAAUUACGUCUACAAAAGUAACGUUGUCUCUCACUUAUUUUCCUCGGUUUUGCAGUCUAUGGUUCGUUUUGAAAUUCUUAAAACCCCCAGACGGAUAGAUAAUGCCUCAAAGAACUUGUAAACGUGAAAAACUAGUUUCUUCAUCAAGGUGAACCAAGAACAAAUUAGAACCAAAUUUGUGGUCGUUUUGUACACAACGUUUACACCUUGGACGUCAGUCGUAAUGAAAUGAAGACAACGUCCAACCUGGGCUAAUGCAUGUCGAUGGUUGUCUUUCGAUGAAUAAGUUCAGCUUAGUUAAAAAGUCGUUCCCUCACUGUUAGAGCGGAGAGAGAAAAUCAUGAAGAGGACUUAUUUUUAUCAGCUAAGUGGUCAGCAGCACCGGGGGGGUGCCACUGGAGCGGUGGGCUUUGAUGGGCGUAGCAGUCAAGACAGACAGAUUGAAGAGCAGCAACAACUCGUACAGAAACAGAUGGCACCGUCCAUGACAAAAGCUCCUCCAACCCAGCCACACCAGAAGCUCAAUAUCAUAAGCAGCAAGCAGGCCGAGGCCCUCCGCAGUGGAGACGACUGGGGGAACUCAGGAUGCCCCAACCCCAUCAUUGCAAAGAGUGCUCCCAAGAAGGUUGAGCCUGAGCUGAUCGAACAGUUUAUGAUGGGUGAAAAGAACCCUGUGAUGGCGCUGAACGAGUUUUGCCAGAAACAGCGGCUGACGGUCAAGUUCCAGGAGGACACAGCCACCAGUUGUGGGACUAUGUUCAAUCCCAAGUUUGCUUCCGUUGCUGUAGUGGACGGCGUUCGCCAUAAACAGGGAGUUGGAAGGACCAAAAAAGAGGCCAAGACAGAGGCAGCCAGGAUCGCAUUGUCAACACUGUUGGGCCUGACCCCGGAGGAUGUACAGGAACCAGAGAUGGGCACGGCCGUCUACGAUAACUUCGGACGGAAAGUGGUUCUCUUAGAAGACAAGCCCUCGAGUCAGAGCAUGGCCCCACACCCUGACACGGAGAAGGGUUACAGCCGUGGCAGUCAUUACCAGGCCAAUUUCAAUGCUGCCCCAACCGUCACGUCCGAGGAUGCCUGGGAUGUGCCCCAGCCGGGCAACUAUGCCCAGUACCAGGUCAAGAAGAUGGCACAGCAGGCCAAGGGGAAUGCUCAAGGUGAGAAAAAGAAACAGCAAAUGGCUCAACAGACAGCACAGCAAGGGCCCGGGCUCAGCUUUGGCAGAGGGGUCUUGAAUCCUUCCAUCAUUAACAGCUGCUUCCCAGAUCAAGCUGCAGGCUACCAGCUGCGGACAGCCGGUGUCCCGCGCACCCAUCAGCAGUCGUCUGGGAGUUCAGCAGGGCAUCCGCAGGUGCCAGCCGGUACCCGUGGCCCAACCGAGCAGACACAAGCUCAUUUGCAAACAAGGAGACCGGCUGCAACUGCCCCUGCUUGGCAGAAUUGGCAGGCAAACACCACUUCAACUUCUGAACCCGGCUUUGCUGCAUCUGGCGGCAUUGGCCAACAGCAGCAGUUUGACUCUCAGACAUCAUCAGGGGAUGAUCCAUUCCCAAGACUAUCCAGUGCCAACAGGUCCUCAGCAAAGCCAAGCCAGAGCAAGACCUCAAUCCCUAAAGUAGUGAGCCAGUUCAAGCCGUUUCUCACUGAAUCCAUCUACGACCCACAUGCCGAAUUGAGCGCCAACCCCUUCCCCCAGUAUGGAGUCCGCCAGACACAGCCUGCUGUGAAAGUUCUUGGCAAGCCACAAUCAAACAUCUCUCCAACAGCCUCUGUACCACCAUCAUCAACUUCAUCAGGGGUCUACCACUCUAUGAGUAAACCACCCGUCUUCCACCCGUCGCCAGGUUCCUAUGCCACAUACCAGCCUCCACCCCAGCCUCCCAAAGCUGAGAUCCCACCCCAUCCCCAGGCCCCUUCCCCAGCCCAUCAGUCCCUCCCCGGGCCUGCCGACUCUUCUGCAGGUGUAACCGGCGUUCUGACUGUGGCUGACCUGAUUGCUAAGACGGCGAAGAGCCUUCCUCGCAUAGGGUCGCCCUUCCCAGGAUGCAACAAGAUGGAGGCUCGCAAGAGCUUGGCUGCCAUACUGUUGCAAAAAAGCCCUGAGGCAAGGCAUGAAAUCAUCAGUCUAGGCACAGGCACCGGUGCAAUCACAGGGCGCAAUGUCACGACUGAUGGGCGGUCAAUUCUUGACCUGAACGGCCUGACCAUUGCUCGGCGGGGUUUUCAAAGAUAUCUCUAUCGAGAGCUUAAGAACUUCUUUGAAGGGAGUCGACUGGCCAGUGUGUUCACCACUCAGCAAGGCAGCCCUCGUUUACUGCUGAAGGAAGGCGUUACUUUCCACCUCUACCUUAACUCCGCACCGUGCGGCGACGGAGCACGAUUCGUCCGGGAUUGUCCCCCAGUGAUCACCGAGAAUGACCUGUACCUCAUGCAGUGCGGCUCACAUUACCCAACACAGCAGCCCGACACAGCCCAGGGCAAACUCACUGCUGUCGGUCAAGAUGGUGUGCCAGUCGCAGUGGAGCAGUUGGAGUUGGUUGAAUCCAUGGAUGCAUUGAAGAAAAAGAACCCGUUCUGUGUGAUGUCGACCAGCGAUAAGCUCCUACUGUGGAACGUUCUUGGCCUACAAGGGGCACUUCUCAGCCAGUUCAUGGAGCCAGUCUAUUUGGAGACAAUCACGUUAGGGAGCAAUUACGAUCACGGUCACCUCGCGCGAGCCGUGUGCUGCCGGGUGGACGAUGACUUGACGGAAUUGCUACCCAUCGGCUACAGCGUCCACCAUCCCUUGAUCGGCCGCGUCUCCAAAACACCGCAGAUUGAGGACGACGUGAAACUGGGAACGAGCCUGAAUUGGUCGUUUGCUGACAGCCUGUACGAAGUGGCUGACAUCACUCGGGGAAAAUGCACAGAGAGCUCCCCAUUUAAGAGUGGGGCAUCAGGGGCCAGUCGAUUAUGCAAAGCAGCCUUCUUCAGCAGGUUCAAAAACGCAUGCGGCAUGGCGCAGCGCUAUGACUUACAGCAAGGGGCCAACUAUCAGGAGGCCAAGGCGAUGAGUAAAGACUACCAGCAGGCCAAGAAAACCCUGAUACAGCACCUGAAACUCAAAGGCUAUGGCUCAUGGCUUCACCUCCCAGCUGACAUUGGCAAAUUCUCCAAGUGAAAGGCUCAUUACUGACUGCAACCUCCAUCCCAUGCUGAACUAUUUUCUUAACCUUUAAUAUAUCUUGCGUUUUUAUAUGGAAAGACAGUAUUCUUAUAAGCCGAUGCCAAAAUGAUAACAAACAGCCAAGUUAUUUUUGGUUUUUAAAGUAGUUGUGAUCCGAGUCAAAUAUGCACGAGAUAGACAUAGAUGUGAUUAUUGAGUGAACUUACAGGCGAAAAAGUUUUUGGCAUGGCAACAAGUGUUGCUAUUUCGAACAACAGUUACCCAUGGAUGUGCAGCUAUAAUAAUAAUAAUGACGAUUUAUAGAGCACACAGAUCCACCAAGGUGCUCAGGGCGCUAGUUCAAAGAAAAUAAUUAAAUGCCUCAUUGAAGAGAUGAGUCUUCAGAUCCUUCUGAAACUGCAGGAGAGAGGGGGAAGAUCGUAACCAUGCCGGCAAAUUCUUCCAAAGACGAGGUGCAGCACAUGAAAAAAAGCGACCCCCCCAUGAAUGAAAUGAUCUAUCACAAGCUGAAUUCAGUCAUCUGGGUACGUUCAUCAUUUGCACGAGGUUGAAGUCAUACCAAGGGACAAUCUCAUGUCGGCAUGUGUCCACCCAGUAAGGCUCACUUCAAAGAAAUUGGACAAGAAAAUCUGAAAUUUGAUGCAGCAAUAUGGGUGAUUCACAAUAGUGCGCCACCAAGAGUUUGCAACACG